AUGUCUCCGACACCACCAUCUACUACAUCAUCCAGCGGCGGGGCCCGUUCACCGGAAGGCCAGUUCAGAGUGAUCAGGAAAAGGAACCGAAUACCUCUUUCUUGCGCACCCUGCCGACAGAGGAAGCUGAAAUGCAACCGCGCCAAUCCGUGUGAGAACUGUGUCAAGAGGGGAGAUGCCCCUUCAUGUACAUAUGCACAGCCGGGGACCCGGAAGAAGAACACAUUAAACCAAAAUACCUCUAAUUCCCCGGACGAUAUGCAGAACAGGAUAGAUAGGCUGGAAAGUCUGGUCCUGUCACUCAUGACCAACGGCGCUCAGUCUGCCGGUCCGGCUGCCGCGAUGGCCGCCAUUUCUGGGAAUAAUGACAGUGUCGUUUCCGGUCGGAAUUCCCAGGAUCGCGACCAGGACGAUGAUGGGGCCGACGGCCAGGACGAAAGCGAAACGGAGCAGGUCACCAAGUCUUUUGGUGUGAUGAAAGUAGACAACAACAAAUCGUUCUACAUCAGCGAUGCACAUUGGGCAGCCGUCUUGAAUGAUAUAGCAGAAGUUCGUCAAUACUUUGCAAACACGAAGAAACAGUACGAGGAGCAGGCGCAGAAGAUCAAAGCCUCCAGACCCGAACCGGACCCAUCGACCUUGCUUUUCGGCUCCAUGAAACCUGCCAGCAAGGCAGAAAUCAUGGCGUCUUUCCCAUCGAGAUACACGACGGACAUGUUAAUAGCUCGCUAUUUCAACACCUACAGCCCAGGGACUCACAUUCUACAUGUCCCAACGUUCCAGAAAGAGUACAGCGAACAUUGGAAAGACCCCUCGAAAACCUGCAUUGUCUGGAUCGGCUUGCUCUUUGCGAUGAUGCGACUGGCUAUGCUAUCUUAUUAUCAGGAUGGGGAUGAACCGCCUGAGUUCCGAGGAAAGUCUCUGGACAUGGCUAGGAAUUUUCGUAAUUUGGUGGCGCAAUGUCUCAUCCUGGCUGACUAUACCAAGCCCUACCCUUAUCUGAUUGAGACGUUGAUUCUCCACCUUCACGCUGAUUACAGCCAAACAAAGGAAGCUGAUGUGUCUGUGUGGAUUCUCAUCGGUGUGAUUGCGCGAUUGGCCAUGCGGAUGGGGUAUCAUCGGGAUUCGAAAAUGUUCCCUAAUAUCACACCGUUCCAGGGUGAAAUGCGGAGACGGGUAUGGACCUAUGUGCGGCAGACCGACCUCCUCUUCUCGUCUCAGGUCGGGCUUCCCAGUAUGCUACGCUCAGGUGACUCUGAUACCGAGAUUCCGCGGAAUCUGUAUGACGAGGACUUCGAUCCCGAUUGCAAGGAACUCCCGCCGUCGCGUCCCAACAACGAGCCGACGCCCGUCUCUUACCUGAUUGCUAAAGCCCGUUUAGCGUACGCGUUUGGCCGUGUCAUCGAGCAUACAUCGUCUGUGAAGACUCCUUCUUAUGAGAUCGUGAUGGACAUCGACAACGAACUCCGUCGGGCCCGGGAUCUGAUCCCUGAACACCUUACGGUCCGUCCCCUCGAGGAAUGUCAACAUGAUCCCGCUGAUGUAAUCAUGGCGAGGUUCCAUAGAUAUCGUCCUGACAAGUCGCAGAUCCAAAGCGUGUAUCAUAAAGCUCAAUGUGUCCUGCACCGACGUUACAUCGCACGCGCCCGGGAUAAUCCCCGUUUCACGCAUUCUCGACGGACCUGCAUUGACUCAUCAAUGGAAUUAUUACGAUACCAGUCAAUACUUCACAAAGAGUUCCGUCCAGGUGGUCGCUUGCGAAGUAGGAAUCGAGGCUGCUCGUUGAAUACCAGCGAUUUCUUACUUGCUGCGACCAUCGUCUGCCUUGAUCUAUAUCAUGGGCUCCAAUUACAAGCGGCUGGUCGCCCAUCAGGAGACGUAUAUACGUGGGGCCGAGAGAGACGCGACGAGAUGCUCGCAGCCAUCCAGCGUUCGCGGGAGAUCUGGGAAGAGCUGCGUGACGAGUCUCUGGAAGCGUACAAGGCCGCAGGCCUCUUGGGCGUGAUGAUCGCGAAGCUGACUUACACGCCUCAAAAUACCGCCGAUGCGGGUGCCAACGCACCAAUGUUCGAAGAGUCUGAUGAGAAGCAAAAUGCCGCGAUGACACUUGGAUUAUUAAGCAGUGGCAUGAGUCCGCAAAAUACCGCUCCCACGUCUUUUACAGAGACACCUUUCAAGAACGCGGAGACAUCCUUGCCGCAGGGAACUUUUGGGUCACUGACGGACCCCAUGGGGCUGUCUUCACCUUUUGGCAUGUUUGGGCAGGCGCCUGAUAUGCAACCGUUGAAUCUGGACUGGGACGCGUGGGAUAGCUAUAUCCAGAACUCGACUGCCGAUAACCCUAACUCGUUGUGGCCAAUGUUCGACUUACAGCAACAGUCUCCAGCACCAUCUCCACUCAACCAGGCACCACUUUCGGGUGGCCGCAGCGUGCCGCUAGAUCCUAUCAGGGCGCGAAAUCGUCUAUCAGGAAUCCUCCCUACGGAAUCCGGGCUUAACUUUGACCCUGCACUCUAUGUCAAUGGGAACAACAACAAUACCGGCCAACCUAACCAACAAAGCGAGCAGCAACAAAAUGGGAGAGGUCCAGGCGCAAUUUAA